AUGAAACCAGUUAAAGACCAACCUUCCCAUAUUCCAGCAUGGGUACGAUUGCAUGAUUUACCUCUAGAGUUAUGGAACCAGGAAUGUUUGAGCAGGGUGGCUAGUACCAUUGGUAAACCACUACAUGUGGACCAAGCCACAGCUAAGACAUCAAGACAACCAGGCCUCCUCCAAACAAAGUCAACCAGUGCUGGAGUUUGCAUUGAAAUUAGUGCUGAGCAUGAUCUUCCUGAGGAUGUGAAAAUUACUAUAGAGGGUAAGUCAGUUGUGGUGCCUAAUGAGUAUCAGGUGCUACCUCUAAUGUGCAAGCAAUGCCAAGUAUUUGGCCACUCUACUACCCAGUGCUCUAAGAAAUCAGCCUCAACUUCCAGUGAUCUCAAUCCCAAAAUGAGUAAUGGAAAACAGGGGAAUGACCUCACUUUUAGUACUCCUUAUAAUACAUCAAGUAUCUCACCUACAUCAACCAAGCAUAUUACCAAUAUUCCUCAAGCAGUGGUUGCAGAUGCAGAGGAUGAAUUGGUAAAGGUUCUUGAAUGUAUUGUAAGCAGCUCACAAGAAACCUUGAUAGUGUCUGCAAUUUCUCACAUUCCUUCCACUAGCAACCUUACCACUGAUAUACCUGUUGAGCUACUGGAAGACAGUGAGGAAGCUGAGGAAGAGAGCAACAAUAAGGUAGCAAAUUCCCUCAGUCAGCAACCUUCCAGUCCUGCUGCUCCACUGUCCAGAUCAGCAGCUAAGAAAGCUGCCAAAAUAGCUGCAAAACUUAAGGAUAAAGAGCCUCCUGAUAUCAAACUGUUGAUAGGAGGUUCCACCAAAGCUGGACAGUUUGGAAGACAGAAGAGCACUAAGAGCUCUUCCCACAGAUCAGGGAACCACUACACUUUUGUAGCCACAUUUAUCUAUGAGGCUAAUUGUUACUUAGAUAGGCAGCAACUGUGGAUAGAUUUGCAGCAGCAUUAUGUUAUCACCCCUUGGGUGGUAUUAGGGGACUUCAAUGCCAUAAGGAAUCCCAAGGAAAAACUCGGAGAUGCCCACAUUAGCACCAAGAUUGAUAGGGUCCUGGUCAAUGAAAGUUGGAUCAAAGACUUCUGUUGGUCUAAUGCUCAUUUUCUCAACCCUGGAGUGUCUGAUCACUCCCCUGCUCAAGUUUGGAGAAAAGUUAUUAUUGGAAAUCCAAUGUACUGUGUCUAUGAGAAACUUAAGAACCUGCAGGAGAACCUUAAAAAGCUAAAUACAAAUGAAUUCAGUGAUCUGUCAUCAAGGGUGGCUUCCUAUAAACAACAAUUGGAAGCCAUCCAAAGAGUGUUGGGAUCCAAUCCCAGUGACACUGCUAAGCAGACCAUUGAAAGGGAUCUGUGCAAGCAGAAUAGGAACAGAAUUUCUAGUUUGGUUUUGGAGGAUGGAUCUGUUACCCAGGACAUUGAGUUAGUAAAGCACACAUUCAUCAACUAUGACUCAAAAUUGUUAGGGAGCAAACAUUUGAAUGGUUAUUCUGGAUCCUCCAGAUCUCUUAAUCCUCAAAAAGCACCUGGUCCAGAUGGUUACAAUGUAGCCUUUUUCCAUAAAGCUUGGCCUGUGAUCGGCCAUGAGGUGACCUCAGCUGUUAAACUUUUCUUUAGAUCUGGUCAACUUUUGAAGAAGGCUAAUGCUACCUUAGUUGCUUUGGUACCUAAAGUCCCCAACCCCUCCAAGGUGGGGGAUUUCAGACCCAUCUCUUGUUGCAAUGUGGGUAGGAGAAUAGCCGAUAACAUAUUCCUUACUCAAGAAUUAAUGAGGGGUUACCACAAACACUCUUCAUCUCCUAGAUGUGCCAUGAAGGUGGAUAUCAUGAAAGCUUACGACAAUGUCAGGUGGGAUUUCCUCUGGGAUGUCUUAACUUCCAUGAACUUUCAACCUAAGAUGAUCCAAUGGUUGAAAGCCUAUUUCUCCACAGCCAAUUACUCCUUGUGCUUCAAUGGAGAAGCAAUAGGGUAUAUUCCUGGGCAAAAAGGUUUAAGACAAGGUGAUCCUUUGUCCUCUUACCUAUUUGUGACAGUCAUUGAGGUCUUGACUUGCAUUCUUAAGGAGAAGUCUCUUCUCCCUGAUUUUAAAUUCCAUUGGGAGUGUGGAUCCACUAAACUUGUCAAUCUAUGCUUUGCAGAUUAUCUCAUGAUUUUCUGCAAAGGUGAGGUGAACUCCAUCAAUCACAUUAAACAAGCCUUGACUGAGUUUGAGACCUUGUCUGGUCUCUCCCCUAGUCCUUCCAAGAGUAACAUUUUCUUCUCUGGUGUUAACACUACCACCAAAUUCUCCAUUUUAAAUAUCUUGGGGUUUUAG